GAUGUCAGAUACCACUUAGGCUAUGGUUUUAAGUGUUACUAACAUUUAAGUUUAAAUCAGUUUCAGAAAAGGCAGGACCAUAAAAUGGCAGUGUUAAAAAUUACGAUGGGCUUAUUUUUCCCUCCCAGCAGAUUAAAGGGGAGAUUUUGAGAAUAGUAAUAUUUGAGUAUGGUUUGGACAAGAAACCUCUUUUAAAAAUGACCUGCCCUGAUACCCUGAGUGAAACUGACUACUUCAGUACCAUCUUAGGCUCUGUUACAUUGGUGAAGGAACUAGAGAGAAAUAUAGUAUGCAUCCAAUUUUACUGUUUACCUGUGACUCAGGUGUUCUCAAAUGUUACAAUUCAUGAAACUGAUGAAAUAAAUGUUACAAUUUAUAAAACUGAUGAAGGGGUUGAAGGAAGAGGGAGAUAAGACAGUUGUUACUUUGAAGAUAGGUAGGAAAUAUUAAUAGAAAUAUUAAUUUGUUUGUUUGGUAGGAAAUAUUAAUAGAAAAUUUGAUGCUUCUCUUAAAAUGAAAAAUGUGUCACCUUGCCAAAGUUCUAAAUUAAGUUCCUUCCUUCCUUUUUCUUUUUUUAGACAGAAUCUCUCUGUUGCCUGAGUGCCUGAGAUAGUGUCAUGGCCUCAGCCUAGCUCACAGCUACCUCAAUACUCUUGGGCUCAAGCAACCCUUCUGCCUCAGUCUCUGGAGUAGCUGGAAUUAUAGGCCGCCACCACAAUGUCUGGCUAAUUUUUCUACAUUUUUUAAAAUAGAGAUAAGGUCUCACUCUUGCUCAGACUGGUGUUGACCUCCUGAGCUCAAAUGAUCUUCCUACCUCAGUCUCCUAGAAUGCUAGGAUUACAGGCAUGAGCCGUGGUACCUGGCCCUAAAUCAGGUUUCUAACUUUAAAAAACUUGCCUAUGCAGUUGUAUGCAAAGCUUAAUUAUCAUGGAGAUUAUAAGGCAGAGAGACCUCCUCUGUGGUCUCAUACCUCCUUUGAUAGGUAUGACGUUUUUGUUGUUGACUGAAAUCAUUUGGUCUAAUCUCUGCUCCAUUGUUCUAAUUUUUUGUUACUAAAAAUCUAGAUUAAAAAAAAGGAAAAAAUAUUUAAGAAAUCAAAUUUUACCCAGUCGGUAUUCUGGCCCCGACUUUGCUAUUCCCCUCCACGAAGCCAUUUGCCAAAGCCAGAUACGGUUUACUUAUUGUUCCCCAAACCUUCCUGACUCUGUAAGCAUUAUUCCAGUUUGGAAUGUUCUUUUGUCUACUUUCCUUUGGUCUAAGUUCUGUCUUUCCUUCAAAUUUUGGCUUCUACUUAUCCUAUGAAGCCUUUCCCAACCUUUCCACUCUUGGUGGUCAUUCCAGUCUUAGAAUUCCUGAAGUAUUACCUAAUUGAAACACUCAUUUGGCACUUGGAUCAUGUUAUCUUGUAUUAUUACUUAUUCAUUUAUAUGACUAUCUUCUCCAGCAAAAUCAAGGGUUUCUUGAGGGUAGACAGCUUGUCUUAUAUGCCUCUUUGUAAUUCCAUUGCCUAGUACAGAGGAUAUGGUAAUUAAUAGGUUUGAUUCUAUAAUUUGGAUCCAAUGUCAUCAUACAUAGUAACAGGACAGUUCCCCCCCCCCCCAAUUUAGGUUAUUUUUGUAACACUCCCACAAAAGCCAAAGGUAAAGUACAUUGAAUUCAUAAAAUAAUUCUUUGUAUUAUAAGGAGAUAGGUUCAUAUUCCCUAAUUGCAAUCCUUUUUUUUAAAUUUGUGAAUAGUUAUUGUUUUAUCAAUUUCUUUUGAAAAACAUGGUUUGGGCCAGAUAUCUUGACAGAAACCAAAAUUAUCAGUGUUUUUAUUUUAAAAUUCUUCCUUGCCGUAGCAAAAUUGCACUUUCAUGACAUAAGCCCAAGUACAUUUAUAAAUACUGCAUGGAUGUGUAGCCAAAUUGUUUAAAAUGUCAACCUUAAAAUCCCUUAAAUAGAGAGUUAAAAUAUCAAUAAACAGAUACUUAGUUGCUAUUUUCUUUCAGGGAUUUUCCAAAUCUCAAAUUAUUAGGGUUUUUAAAAAUUUUGUUAUUUUAUAGAGUUCUAUAAUAGCUGAUAUUUGAUAGCUGUAUUUGUUGUGUUUGCUAUAAUUAUCAAGUAUUUAUGGAUAAUAAAUAUCAAGUAUUUAUGGAGCACCCAUUCAUUUGCAGUGAGCAGUUAUUUUUAAAUGCUUUUUUGCAUUUAUAGAAACAUUUCUUUUUAAAAGCUUGCCAGGGAGAAUACGUACAAUUAUUAUAUAUCCAUAAAAAUUUAAAAAACUCACCAGGAAUACUUGGUGGUUUUUCUCUAGUCAUAAUUAGAAUUAAUCACAUUUUACUUGAUCCUAUGUCUUUAGGAUCCAAAAACCUUAAUUUUUAAUUUAAUAUCAUUUAAGCAAAAAUAGUCACUCAACUUGAUGAAAUGUUUGAUUAGCAAAACAUCCAUGAAUCUUGAUUAUAUCUGAAGGCCUGAGCCAUUAGUUUAACAGAGCAUUGAAAUGACACUGCUAUUGCAUUGCCAAAAAGCCUAAAUACUUGUAGCAGGAGGACUACUAGGUAUGUAAGGGUUUGUGUUUUUCUUCUUUUUCUUUUUUUCCCAACUUUUAAAAUUUUAUCAUUUUUUAAAUUUCUUAACAUAAUUAGGGUAUAGAUUUAAAGCAAAAUUAUUUUUUCCUUACUAGGAAGCAAAAAGCUACCAUUCUGGUGUAAGUUUAUCAUAAAACCAUACUAACAUGAGCCUGGGGCCCUCACCAAAGUCUUGAAAAAUACACUUGUUUUUCUUUCCAAGAUCCUGAAUAAAACAUACUUUUUAAAGAAACAUUUUUUAAAAACCCCAGUUGGCCCAAGGACCACUUUCCUAAAGUCCAGAGUUCCAGCCUUGGACUUUUACCCAUGGUCAUAUUCUUAUCUGGGGUUACACUUGUUAAGCCAGUAUUUUAAAAGAAAACACCCUGAUUUUGUUCACUUUUGUUUUCCUAUACAAGAAUCUUUACAGUCAACAUGUACUUCUAGAUGCUGUAUUGAAAUUGCUGGCAGAGUCUAUUCUAUACAAACUGAACAAUCUGGCCCCUUGUUUUAUUUGUAAAGGUUCAAUGUAUCUAUGCCUGCCUACUUCAGUCUGCAAGGGAGUGUCAGAAAGGCCCCGCAUUCGCCGAGCCCAGCAAAAGGGAGACACAUCAGCUGGAACAAAAUAGUGGAAGAAAUGGCGUCUGGGGUUCAGUGGGGAUUCGCAGUGUGAGACACUACUCGUCAGCGAAUCAAAUUCAGUGAUGACAGAGUAUGCAAGAGUCACCUUCUCAACUGUUGCCCCCAUGAUGUGCUUUCUGGAACUAGAAUGGAUCUUGGAGAAUGUCUGAAAGUCCACGACCUGGCUUUAAGAGCAGAUUAUGAAAUUGCAUCCAAAGAACAAGACUUUUUCUUUGAACUUGAUGCCAUGGAUCAUCUGCAGUCAUUCAUUGCAGAUUGUGAUAGAAGAACAGAAGUGGCUAAAAAAAGGUUAGCAGAAACUCAAGAAGAGAUUAGUGCUGAAGUAGCAGCAAAGGCAGAACGUGUUCAUGAGUUAAAUGAAGAAAUUGGAAAACUGUUAGCCAAGGUGGAACAAUUAGGAGCUGAAGGGAAUGUGGAAGAAUCCCAGAAAGUCAUGGAUGAAGUAGAGAAAGCACGGGCAAAGAAGAGAGAAGCAGAGGAAGUUUAUCGGAAUUCUAUGCCAGCUUCCAGUUUCCAACAGCAGAAGCUUCGAGUCUGUGAAGUCUGCUCUGCCUAUUUAGGUCUUCAUGAUAAUGACAGACGAUUGGCUGAUCAUUUUGGGGGUAAACUACAUCUGGGAUUUAUUGAAAUAAGAGAGAAGCUUGAAGAAUUAAAGAGAGUUGUAGCUGAGAAGCAGGAGAAAAGAAACCAAGAACGCCUGAAACGAAGAGAAGAAAGGGAGAGAGAAGAAAGGGAGAAGCUGAGGAGGUCCCGAUCACAUAGCAAGAAUCCCAAAAGAUCCAGGUCCAGAGAGCAUCGCAGACAUCGAUCUCGCUCCACAUCACGGGAGCGCAAGAGGAGAACUCGAUCCAAAUCUCGGGAGAAACGCCAUCGCCACAGGUCCCGCUCCAGCAGCCGCAGUCGCAGCCGCAGCCACCAGAGAAGUCGGCAUAGUUCUAGAGAUAGGAGCAGAGAACGCUCUAAGAGGAGAUCCUCAAAAGAAAGAUUCAGAGACCAAGACUUAGCAUCACGUGACAGAGACAGGAGUUCAAGAGACAGAUCACCUCGUGACAGAGAUCGAAAAGAUAAGAAGCGGUCCUAUGAGAGUGCUAAUGGCAGAUCAGAAGACAGGCGGAGCUCUGAAGAGCGUGAAGCAGGGGAGAUCUAACUAGCGGUGUACAUAUCUUCAAUACUUAAGCUUCCCGUGGAGUUACAUACAUUGUUUAGUUUACAGCUGUUCAGGGUGACAGUGAGCAGAUCCCAACACCGAGCCAGCUAGGCUAGAUGGACAGUAUCUAACUUGAUCUGAACUGAACCUGUUUUCCUUGUUGAAGCCUAAAACGGCAUCCAUAGUUUCUGGUGAACCUAUAAUACCAUUCUGAAAGUACCGUUUUAUAUAAUAAGACACUGAUCUCUUUAUUCUUUCAAGUAGGAGUGAUAGUGAACAAACUGUGUUAUUUGCCUUGGGAUUUUCUGAACAUUUGUAAAAUGCUGUCUGCCUUUCUAGUCCAAACAGCAGCAGUUUGGGAAUUGUUCUUUUUAAUUAUUCUUCCUCAGACUUGUAUCCCUGAAUACCUGCACCCUCCAAUCGUUAGAGAAAAGGGACAGGGAAACAAUAUAGCUUCUGUUCUAAGGUUAUAUUCCCAUUAUUAACUUGCUAAUUACAGUUCAGAGCAUUCAUACUGGAAUGUGUGCUGGAGAAAUUGAUAAUAUUGAGGUUUUGUGUUUGUUUAAUGGUGCCUAUUUAGAGUUGGAAGUUGAACAGCUGUUGCAUUACAUACUUUUUGCUUUUUAUUGAAAUUUUGAAAUCAAAUUUGUCUUGAUUUUUCUGUUCUAUUGAAUUGCUAUGUUCAGGAUGUUCUGCAGGGGGUGGGGGCAGGGACUCUUUCGUAAUAAGCACUUGUUUUAUUUUGUGUGUGUGGAGUAUAAAGACUACACCCUUAUUGUAAAAAAAAUAAUAAUAAAAUGAAAGAAACAAUCACCACCAUCAUUACUUAACUAACUUGUCUAGUACAUUGUCAUUAGAACU